AUGGUGCGGCCCUCGGCAGAACUCCUGGACGAGAUCUGCGUGCGGUUCAUCAUCAAUCUCCCUCCCGAGGAACUAGAGUCCUUUGAGCGGCUUCUCUUCGUGAUUGAGAUGGCCUGGUGGCACUACGAGGACAACAUCCGGGCCAAGGACCCCACUCUGUCAAGCCUGGGGCUCAAGGAGUUCUGCGCCCUCAUCUUCGACGCCUGCCCUGGGCUGGAGCCGUACCGCGGCAGCCUGGACGCCAUCUACUCCGCUUUCAAUGACUACAAGCGCGCCGUGCCCGUGCGCGGCGUCAUCAUGCUGGACCCCACGCUGCGCUGCUGCCUGGUGGUGCGGGGCUGGCAGGAGGGCGCCUCCUGGGGCUUCCCGCGCGGCAAGCUGUCCAAGGGCGAGUCGGACCUGGACUGCGCCGCGCGGGAGGUGCUGGAGGAGACGGGGCUGGACCUGCGCGGCAGGCUCAGCGAACAGGACUGCAUCGCGCGGCGGUCGGGCGCGCAGGACAUCCGCCUGUACAUCGUGGCGGGUGUGGACAUGGAUACCCAGUUCGCCCCGCAGGCGAAGUUCGAAAUUGGGGCCUACAGGUGGCUGCCCGUGGAGGCCCUGCCCCGGAGCUACGACGCCGAGAGGACGCCCCUGGUCGUCAGUCCGGAGGUGAAGCUCCGCUUCUUCUCAGUGUGGCAGUUCGCAUCGCCCCUCCAGGAAUGGAUUGCCAGGAAGCUGGCGGCGCCCGUCAAGCGGCAGCGGCGCAGGAAUGCGGGGAAGGGCACCGGUCGUCUGAACGACUCCUGUGCGGCCCUCGCCUCUUUGGAUACGCAGUUGGAGCAUGUAAGGGAAGAGUGCGAUGUGCCUGCGGCGGCUCAGCUCUACCCCACCCAGGCGCCCAUCGCCUCCGAAGUGAAGGUGCAGGUCGUGGGCAUGGCACCAGCGAAGUCCUUCGAAUUCGAUCGGGAGGCGGUGAUGAGGGCGCUGCACGCUGGCAUGGGUAGGAGUAGGCAUUGA